AUGACCGAGCCCACGAUGUUACCACCGCUGUCAACCCUGAUGCGGCCUCCGAUCCCUGAAAUGGUGCCUAUUGAGGACAACUGGAAAGGCAAGACAAGCCCGGCCGAGAGGAGGAAGAUCCAGAACAAGCUCAACCAACGGAUCUGGAGUAAGUGGCACGCACCUCCUGCAAUCUGCUUAUGCAUGCUGAUGAUCCCAUCACCCCUUGUUCGUUUGUCUUCGACCCACGACGACGCGGAGAUGCAGCUGUCCCGGCCGGGGCCGCCCAGGAAAGUAAAAGACCCGCGCGGAUGCGUUUUAAGGGCAACUCUGACAGCCCUGGAGUACCUCGGCCGGGCGGGGCCGUUGAUCGAGCUCCGAGAAGAGGACUUGGACGACCUGUACGACCUCUUCCUGCAGCGUGCGCACGAGAGCCGGGGUCGGCGGGGCUCGGGCCCGGGCCCGGGCCCUAUGGCGGAUUUGCUACUGCCGCUGGUGCAGUUCAACCUGUUCCGCGGGCUGAUGGAGAACUCCAAGACGCUGGGCAUCACCCUGUCCAUGGUCUUGGACGACAACUGCAUCUCCCCGUACGGCAGCGACCCCGCGUACGGCGCCGGCUCCGGCGACGGGUGGGUGGUUGCUCUGCCGUCCGCCAUGCGGCCGACGCGGACGCAGCUGACGGUGUCGCACCACCCCUGGCUCGACCUCCUGCCCCUGCCGCGGCUGCGGGACAACCUGAUCGGGGCCGGGGACUCCCUGGACGACGAUGAGCUGUGCCUCGACCUGAUCGGGAACGCGGACGCGCCGUCCGGCCGGGGGGGCAUGAUCCUAUGGGGGGAGCCAUGGGACCCGAGGAGCUGGGAGGUGACGGAGGACUUUGUCGAGAGGUGGCGGUGGAUUCUCGAGGGGUGCGGGGAGCUAAUCGUGUCGUCCAACUACUGGAGAGCCAAGCGGGGCGAGAGGAGAAUGAGGGUGAAGCUAUAA